AUGGUCCUCCAAGCUCUGGCUGCGCUCAGCCUUGCAAAAUCUGUGAUCAAUGUUGUUGAUUUUGCUGCCGAAGUGAUCUCGAAAGGCAAUGAGUACUGCAAAAGCAGCGAAGGAAUUCUGCCAGAGAACACCGAGCUCCAAGCCAUUACCGACAACUUUGCCCGUCUGAACAAAGGUCUACGGGGUCCACGGAUUGCUCUCAAAACAGCAGCGGAGCAACCAGACGAGAAGGGAGCACUUCAGCUUUCAAAAGACGAGAAAGUCCUUCAGCUUGUUGCUCAGAAAUGCGAAGCAAUUGCUAUUGGAUUAGCAACGGCUCUCGAUCGCCUCAGAAAGGCCUUGGGACAGAUCAUCCACUUGUCGGCAAUCCUAGACAAAGCCCCAAGAUCAGCAAGACACGAAUUCUUAGAAGAGUGGCAAGUCAAAUAUCAGGGUGAGGUGAUGAGGGGUUCGGGGAAACUUCCAGAGACAGCAAGCGAUGACAAGUAUCAAAGGAUCAAAAAUCUUAUGUACACAGCUUAG